CAGUAGCUUCUGCGGUCAAAUGCUUUGAGAGAAUAUGUUGUAAUGAUACUUCUAGGAUUGCUUGACUUCAUACAGAAGAGGUCCCCCACCGCACUCAUAAACCAUGUUGUGGAAUUACUUCCUUGUCGCUAUUAUCCCGAACAUAAUUUGUGUGAGAGCAGAGGAGACCAGCUGCCCACCUGAUGCUGAAUGGUUCAACUGUGUAGAAUGUGACUCUUAUUGUGCCUCUCUGAAUCUGAUCUGCACUGAGGGGUGCCGAGGUGGAUGUAAGUGUAAAGAAGAUGGAUAUGUCUUAUAUGAAGGUGUCUGUAUCCCGGCCAAUAAAUGUCCUGAAGAAGGAAUCCUUUGCCCACCUGAUGCCAAAUGGAAAGACUGUGUGGAAUGUGAGUCUGAUUGCUCCACUCUGAAUCAGGCCUGUUCUGAUAAAUGCCGAGGUGGAUGUAAGUGUGAAGAAGAAGGAUAUGUCUUACAUAAACGCGUCUGUAUCCCGGCCAAUAAAUGUCCUACACAAGCGCUCUCUUGUCCUCCAAGACAGAUGCAGUCCACUUGCAAUGGCUGUUGGUCAUUUUGCCCCAUCUUGCUUCAGAAAUGUAAACCUGUUUGCGAAAAAGCUUGUGCAUGUGAACAGAAAGGUUAUGUGCUACAUGAAAACGACUGCAUUCCACUCCAUGAAUGUCCAAUCAUUCCCAAAAAAGGUUUCCCAUGUCCUCAUGACACAGAGUGGAGAAACUGCUCAGACUGCAGUGCUUUCUGCCCAACUCUAGGAAGGGAAUGUGACAAUAUCUGCAGAAAGGGCUGCGUCUGUAAGAAAAGGGACUAUGUUUUACACGAAAUGAAAUGCAUCAAAAGGAAAGAGUGUCCAGUCAUGAAUGUGUAUGUUGAUUUUUGUCCUAUGCACACGGAGUGGAAAAUCUCCACUAAAAAUAACGACUACUGCUUUCCUAAACAUGACUGCAAUAAGAAAUAUUGUAGUGGUGGAUGUGUAUGUAAAGACAAAGCGUUGGUCUACUAUAAAGGAAAAUGCAUACAUCGAAGGGACUGCCCCAAACUUUCCAAUCAAGGCUAGAAGAAAUGGAUAAGAUGCCUCCAAGCAGUAACAUGCACAAAUGAACUAAAGAACUGUUCUUUGGAAUAUAUUCAACUGCUACUAAGGUCUUCAAAGAUGGAUCUUGGCAAUAAGCAGCUACAGUUGCUCUUCUUCCCCUGCAAAUAAUUCUUCUUCAUUUUCUUAGAGAAUCUUGUGCAUAAGUAGGGAUGGGCGAAUUUAACCCAUUUCGCUUCACCAAAAAUUUGCCGCCUGCGAAAUGUCUCCGACGCCCAUUAUGGGCGUCAAAAAUGUUUUGACACGCGUCUUUUUUUGACGCACAAAUGCCAUACAAGUCUAUGGGAGUCAUUUCCAUGGAAAAACAAGGCGAAAAAAUUCGCCAAUCCCUAUGCAUAAGAUAUGUCACAGAACAUUUAUUGACUUUGUUUCUUGCUUGGAUAAAUAUUUUUUAUCUUAAAUUUUCUUGAGCAUAAGCCCCCAAGAACCUUUUGCUAGAGUUCAGGUUAGAUUGGUUUUUCUCAGAGAAGAGAAAGAUUUUCAUUCAAACAAACAAUGAUGUGCCUCUUGGUUUGAAUAUAUGUUGGUAGGUUUGAGUGCCUGAAUAUUUUAAUUGAAUUUAUGUUGGCAAGCCAGCUCUAGCAAAAAGAGUAUUUUUUUUAUGGAGAAUAAAUAAAGCUUAAAGCUGGACCUCUGAUAAAGGUGGACUUUUCAAUGUGUUAACAUCAGCUCUAGAGAAUAAAAAUAAAUUGACCCAUAGGCUAAUGACUAAGUAAGAAUCUGG